UUUACUCAUCAAACAAACCAAAAACAGAGAAGUUUUAAGUUUAUUCAUCGGAAUCAAAUGGUGAAGAAAGCGGUGUUGAUAGGGAUCAAUUAUCCUGGAACCGAAGGAGAGCUACUGGGCUGCAUCAAUGACGUCAAGCAGACGCACAAAUCACUCGUCGAACUGUUCGGAUUCUCGGAGGAGAACAUCACUGAGCUGAUUGAUACCGACAAGUCUAAAACCCAACCCACCGGCAAGAACAUUCGACAAGCGUUGUCGGAUCUUGUUGAAUCAGCAAACUCCGGUGAUGUUCUCUUUGUUCACUACAGUGGACACGGAGCGAGGUUGCCGCCGGAGACUGGUGAAAACGAUGAUACUCAGUUCGAUGAGUGUAUUGUUCCCUCCGAUCACAAUUACAUCACCGAUGAUGAUAUCAGAGAAAUUGUGAGUAAGGUGCCCAAAGACUGCUCCUUUACAUUCGUCUCCGAUUCUUGUCAUAGUGGUGGUCUCAUCGACUCAGCCAAAGAGCAAAUAGGGGAGAGCUUUAAGAAGACGCCCAAGAAAGAAUCCAAAUGCCCUUUUAGACUUUUUAGUUCCAAAGGUGUAGUAAAAGAAGAAACAUCGACCAAGACUGAACAAGAAGAUGGUGAAAACAGAAUCAAUGCCAGAAACAGAUUUCUGCCAUUGGAGACUUCAAUCAAUAUGUUGAAGCAUGCUACAGGAAAAGAUGAUAUCCAAGUGGGGAAUAUCAGGACGACCCUUUUUGAUGUGUUUGGAGAUGAUGCAUCUCCAAAGGUGAAGAAGUUCAUGAAGGUGAUUCUAAGCAACUUGCAUGAGAGUAUUGGUGAAGGUUUGAUGUUGGGACAGAUUGGAAAACUAGCAACAAAUUUUCUUACGGGGAAGCUGAAUGAUGAAGAGUUUUUGAGACCCGCGAUGCAGACAGAAGUCGGGAACAAAAAAGAGGUCUAUGCAGGGGCAAGUAAAGGGGGGUUUGGGAACAAAGGUGUUCUGCUUAGUGGGUGCCAAACUGAUCAAUUUUCUGCAGACGUAGGCUCCAAAGAGAAAGCUUUUGGAGCAUUCACUAAUUCCUUACAUACCAUACUUGCUGAGACAAAGGGUAAGAUUAGUUACAAAGAUUUGGUUUUGAAGUCCAGGAAGUUCCUUGAGAAACAAGGAUUUCUUCAACGACCAGGGCUAUAUUGUAGUGAUAGUUACAUCCAGUGGAAGUUUUUCUCCGACAAAGAACUCUUGAAGAUUGCAAGAAUGGCGAAGAGAGCGUUGCUGAUAGGAAUCAACUACCCAGGCUCCACGGAUGAGCUACAAGGCUGCGUCAACGAUGUCCGUCGGAUGCAUAAGUGCCUCGUUGACCGGUUCGGAUUCGCCGAGGAAGAUAUCACGGUGCUGAUUGACACCGACAAAUCUUACACUCAACCCACCGGAAAAAACAUCCGUCAGGCUUUGUCGGAGCUCAUAAAGCCAGCAAAGUCCGGUGACGUUUUAUUCGUGCAUUACAGACUUACAGUGGACACGGUACGAGGGUCCCACUGGAAACAGAGGAAGAAGAUGAUACAGGGAUUUAGUGGAACAAGUUCCAGAGGAUGUCAGAUAACGAUCGUAUCAGACUCUUGUCACAGCGGCGGACUCAUCGAUGAAGCUAAGGAACAGAUCGGAGAGAGUACCAAUCGAGAAACCAAAGUUUCUUCUUUUGAAUUCGAGAUUGGGAACUGUUUGCAUAGCGUUUUUGUGAAACUGCUUGCGUUUUGUGGAAUCGGAAGUUCUCAUGUAGAAACUCGCGAGAUCGUAGAAGUAGGAGAGAGAGAUGAAGUUGUCAAUGCAAGGUUUCUUCCGUUUGAGAGGUUCAUCACACUUCUCAAACAACAAACUGGGCAAGACAAUAUCGAGAUUGGGAAAAUCAGACCGACCCUUUUCGAUGUCUUUGGUGAAGAUUCGAGCCCGAAGAUAAAGAAGUUCACAAAAGUGAUUCUCACCAAGCUAAUGAAAAGAAAUGAUCAAAGUACGUUACUUGGUAAGAGCGAAGAAAGUGCUCGAGGGUAUAUAGAAGAGAAGCUAAACGAUGAACACUACAUAAAACCCGCAAUGCAGGCACAAGUGAAGAGCGAUCGUGAGAUUUAUGGAGGAGGAUCAAGCAACGGAUUGUUUCCCGACCGAGGGAUUCUGUUGAGUGGAUGUCAAACAGAUGAGACAUCGGCAGAUGUUAAGAAGAGUGGAGAAGCGUUUGGAGCGUUUAGUAACGCCAUCCAAAUGGUUUUGUCAGAGACUGAUCAUAAAGAUAAGAUUACAAACAAAGAAAUGGUAUUGAGAGCAAGAGAGAUUCUGAAGAAACAGAGGUUAAUUCAGAGACCAGGAUUGUAUUGUAAUGACCGCUUUGUGAAUGCUCCAUUUAUAUGCUAACUAUGGUGUGUUGAUUGAUUAGAGAUUCUUUUUUCACUCAAGUCUAUUUUGUGGAUUCUAGUGGACGUGGUAAAAAAUGUAUGCAAUCUCUUAUGAAGUACAAUAAAUGAUUUAUUGAAAU